GCCGCCUGCUGACGAUAACAAAGGGAUGCUUGUGGUCCGUGUUAUUGCUGGUUAUGUAAUUGCCUUCUAUUUCGACAUGGACUGGGGUCGGCUACGGGCAUGUGCGUGGAAUAGCCACGCUUAAGUCCGCGGGGGCGUGACGUUGCCGAGUACUAGAACUGACGACUCCGCGAGACAGAAAGGAGAGCAAAAAGGACACGGGCCAUCUUUAUCACACGAGUAUUGUCAGAACUAGAGGUCCUCUUCCGAUCAACUGCAUAUAUAACGCAAGGAGGAGAACUGCAGGUUCCUGUUUCUCUUGACAACGACAACGAGCCACCACCACCGACCUUGGACUCUCUCUCUCUCUCUCUCACACACACACACACACUGUACUUGCAUCGUUUCUGAUACCACUCAGCUUCUUCUCCGCCAUGCACAUCUCGCAAGCUGGCGUACUGCUCACGGCGAUGCUCGCCUCGACGACGCUGGCCGGCCCUACGCCAGGACAAAAGGCUUCGACGGCGACGACGACGUCCUACACGGUCUCAUGCUCGGGGCGGAUGCCGAACCCCAAGAUUAUGCUUACGGGGCUAUGCUUCGAGCCCCAGUCCUCGUGCGUGGGUAGCACAUACCACGCUGCUCAGUCGGCGGAGAGGGUGUGCGAAAAGUGCUCGUGUGUGCCGAAUGCGUAAAAUCUGCUGCUGCUGGGACCGAACAAGCUGCAGCAUGGGCGACGACUACACGGCAUCUCGAAUUUGGGUCCGCUGCUGCUGCUGCUGCUGCUGCUCGCCCGUCGUGCGAUGACAGCUCGCCGCGGCUCAGGGUACCACUGGCUACCCGGUUGAGCAAGCAAAAAGGAGCAAGGCUCGAGGUACGAGGGCGGUGCACUAUUUCGACGGCUAUAUUGGAGUUACUUGCUGCGUCUUGGCCUCGACGACACUCCGCGCAGUAGGUAGCACUUGGGUGGAUGGCAAGAUGGUAAAGGCAUGGGGAUUCGGAGCAGUCUGAGAUGUUUGCGACCGCGUUUCGUUCGGACAAUCAGAGCAGGGCCGACGGCACUGGAUGUUGAUGGUGGCAGUUUCUGGUUUUCAGUUUGGUGGGCGACGGGAACUUAUACUUGGCUGUGUGACUGGCUGGUCCUUUAUCGACUUUGAUGGGGCACUUCUAUAACUACACUAAUGAAUGCUAUGCUC